GCAAUUAUAGCUCAUGUUGCUGUGUUCUGUUGUAUCAAUAAUCGCCAUAGCAACAGAAAACGGACGAAAACUGAAACGAUAUAAACUCAAGCUUAUCAACUUGCUAGACUGAAAGGGGGUGUUUUUUGUGCGGAACUCAUCAAGAAGGUUGAUUCGAGUUUCAAAUCUUCGAGUGACAUUAAACGCAACUCAAGAACCCGGAAGCACAACGUAGACGCAAAACAGCGUGGAGGUAAAUGACCAUUUAUUAAAAUAAGGGACAAUAAAUGCCACUUUAUCAUAGUUUAUUUUACUCUAUUGUUGUUUAUCAUGAGUUUACGGGCUCGACUAAGAAAUAAAAUUAACGACGAGGGAUACCUGAUCUUAGACGGCGGAUUAGCAACAGAAUUGGAGGCUCAAGGUGCACAUUUACAGGGAGAUCCACUCUGGAGCGCCAGGUUGUUGCAUACCAACCCCCAAGCUGUCAAAGAUGUUCAUCACAGCUUCCUCCUGAGUGGUGCCAACAUCAUCACCAGCGCCACCUACCAGGCCACGAUUCAAGGUUUUAUCCAACACUUGGCCAUUGGCUCUAAUGCUGCCAAGGAGCUGCUCGCAUCCGGGUAUCAUCUCGCCAUUGAUGCGGUGAAGGCGUUCGGUUCUAGCAUGCCAGCGGCCCGCCCGGCCAUGGUGGCUGCUUCCAUAGGACCUUACGGAGCCUUUCUGCAUGAUGGCUCGGAGUACAGCGGCGUGUACGCCGAGAAAAUGAGCAUAGAGGAGUUGAAAGCUUGGCAUCGACCCCAACUGGAGUGUUUGGCAGCGGCUGGAGCGGACCUUUUUGCCCUGGAGACCAUACCGAGUGUUAAAGAAGCAGCAGCAAUGGUGGAAUUGCUUCGGGAAUUCCCAAACUGCGAUGCCUGGAUCUGUUUCUCUUGCAAGGAUGGGACCCGUGUGUCAGAUGGCAGCCUGUUUCGAGAUGCCGUCCGUGUGGCGGACAGGUCCACGCAGGUGCUUGCCGUGGGUGUCAAUUGUUGUCCUCCAAAGUGGGUGGAGUCGCUACUAGACUCUGUCACAGCUCUCAGGAACCCUGAUAGGAGAUGGGUGGUGUACCCCAACAGUGGAGAGGAGUGGGACACCCAUCACGGAUGGCAAACAUCAGUUGAAAUGUCAACGACCAUAGCGGCUCUUAGUGACACAUGGCUCAAGCAGGGGGCCGCUUUGAUUGGGGGUUGCUGCCGCGUUGAUCCGGAUCAAAUAGGCCAGCUGAGACGACACUUACGAGGACGUUGCCCAACAGACGACUUGGAAACGUAACACAAAAAAAUGUCUAUGAAAAUCUUUAAAAUUAUAGGAAAAAUAUGAGAACUGAGCAUGGAUGUGGUACGUGUAUUUUACGAAUAAUAAAUAAACAUUGCAUUUUAUCAACAUGUGAAUAUUAAAGUAUAUUUUGAA